CAUCUGCUGGGCUUGGUGCUGAUGUGAAUGCGGCUCGCGCGCUCCCGCCGCACACCUCCAUGAUUACAAUACCCCGGAAAACAGCUGAUGUCAUGGGCAGGACGACAAAAAAAACAACAACAGGGGACCAAUAGCUCACGAUCUCUGUGCCAAGGAUCUUCCACUCUUUGGUUCGCUCUCUCGCUGUCUUUCUCUCCAUAUCUUUCUCUCUCUGGUUGGCCUCUGUGACUCUGGGGAUGAACGCACCAAUGAGGAGCCUCACAAUCCACUCUCUGUAUAGCACGGCUAGCCCCAGCAUGCUGAAGAGGAAACAGAGCUCCCGGGUCGAGGCCCAGCCCAUGACGGACUUUGGGCCCGACGAGACCCUCGCAGACAGCGCUGACAUCUUUUGGAUCAACAAGCCAUGGGUGCACACGCUGCUGCGCGCCUGCGCCAUCCUCAGCGUGAUCUCGGUGUGCAUGAACACGCCCAAGACGUUCGAGCACUACCCGCCGCUGCAGUAUGUGACCUUCACGCUGGACACGCUUCUCAUGUUCCUCUACACGGCAGAGAUGAUCGCCAAGAUGCACAUCCGAGGCAUCAUCAAGGGCGACAACUCCUAUGGGAAAGACCGUUGGUGCAUGUUUGACGGAUUCAUGGUCUUCUUCAUCUGGGUGUCCCUGGUGUUGCAGGUGUUUGAGAUUGCGGAGCUCGUCGAUCAGAUGUCUCCCUGGGGAAUGCUGAGAAUUCCCAGAGCACUCAUCAUGAUACGGGCGUUCAGGAUCUACUUUCGCUUUGAGCUUCCUCGCUCACGCAUCACAAAUAUCCUCAAGCGAUCCGGAGAGCAGAUUUGGAGUGUGUCCAUCUUCUUGCUCUUCUUUCUCCUGCUUUAUGGAAUUCUGGGUGUUCAAAUGUUCGGAACGUUCAACCACCACUGUGUUACCAACGACACAACGGAAGGAAAUGUGUCCUGGAACAACCUGGCUAUUCCAGACACCCACUGCUCCCCAGACGGGGAGGGCUACCGUUGUCCGCUUGGCUUCAAGUGUGUCAACUUAGAGGAUUACGGCCUCAGCAGGCAGGAGCUGGGGUACAGCGGCUUCAACGAACUAGGAACGAGCAUCUUCACGGUGUACGAGGCUGCCUCCCAGGAGGGCUGGGUGUUCCUCAUGUACAGAGCCAUCGACAGCUUCCCCCGUUGGCGCUCCUACUUCUACUUCAUAACCCUCAUCUUCUUCCUUGCCUGGCUUGUCAAAAACGUCUUCAUUGCUGUCAUCAUUGAAACAUUUGCUGAGAUCCGAGUGCAGUUCCAGCAGAUGUGGGGGUCAAGGAGCAGCACCACCUCCACGGCCACGACACAAAUGUUCCAUGAAGAUUCUGCUGGGGGAUGGCAGCUCGUUGCUGUGGACGUCAACAAACCACAUGGGCGAGCUCCCGCGUGCCUUCAGCAACUGAUGCGCUCCUCCGUGUUCCACAUGUUCAUCCUGAGCAUGGUCGCCGUGGACGUCAUCGUUGCCGCUAGUAACUAUUACAAAGGCGAGAACCACCGCCGGCACUACGAUGAGUUUUAUCUGGCAGAGGUGGCCUUCACCGUGCUCUUUGACCUGGAGGCGACGCUGAAGAUCUGGUGUCUGGGCUUCACGGGUUACAUCAGCUCCUCGCUGCACAAGUUUGAGUCUCUCCUGGUGGUGGGGACCACGCUGCACAUCUACCCGUACCUCUAUCACUCUCAGUUCACCUAUUUCCAGGUGCUCCGCGUGGUGCGCUUGAUAAAGAUCUCCCCGGCUCUGGAGGACUUUGUGUACAAGAUCUUCGGCCCGGGGAAGAAGCUGGGCAGCCUGGUGGUGUUCACGGCCAGUCUUCUCAUCGUCAUGUCGGCCAUCAGCCUGCAGAUGUUCUGCUUCGUGGAGGAGCUGGACCGCUUCACCACCUUCCCAAGGGCGUUCAUGUCCAUGUUCCAGAUCCUGACCCAGGAGGGGUGGGUGGACGUGAUGGACCAGACCCUAGUGGCCGUGGGGCACCUGUGGGCCCCGGUGGUUGCCAUCUACUUCAUCCUCUACCAUCUGUUUGCCACCCUGAUCCUGCUCUCCCUGUUUGUGGCCGUUAUCCUUGACAAUCUGGAGUUGGAUGAAGACCUGAAGAAGCUGAAGCAGCUGAAGCAAAGUGAGGCCAACGCGGACACCAAAGAGAAACUCCCACUCAGACUAAGGAUCUUUGAGAAGUUUCCCAACAGACCUCAGAUGGUGAAGAUCUCAAAGCUGCCUUCAGACUUCACUGUGCCCAGGAUCAGGGAGAGCUUCAUGAAGCAGUUCAUAGAUCGCCAGCAGCAGGACACCAGCUGUUUGUUCCGUCGCCUGCCGUCUGCCUCCUCCUCCUCCUGCGACCACUCCAAGCGCUCGGCCAUCGAGGACAGCAAGUACAUCGACCAGAAGCUCCGUAGGUCAAUAUUUAGCAUCCGAGCUCGUAAUCUGCUGGAGAAGGAAAACACCAUUAACAAAAUACUGCGAGCUUGUACCAGACAGCGCAUACUGAGUGGAUCUUUGGAGGGCCAGCCAGCCAAGGAGCGCUCCAUACUCAGUGUCCAGCACCAUAUCCGCCAGGAGCGCAGGUCCCUGAGACAUGGAUCCACCAGUCAGAGGAUCAGCAGAGGGAAGUCUCUGGAGACCCUUACCCAGGAUCAUUCCAGUACAGUGCGCUACCGUAAUGCUCAGAGAGAGGAUAGUGAGAUCAAGAUGAUUCAAGAGAAGAAAGAACAGGCAGAAAUGAAAAGGAAAGUCCAAGAGGAGGAGCUGAGGGAGAACCACCCGUACUUCGACAAGCCCCUGUUCAUCGUGGGCCGAGAGCAUCGCUUUAGGAACUUCUGCAGAGUGAUCGUCCGCGCCCGCUUCAAUGCAUCCAAGACGGACCCCAUGACGGUGAAGAACACCAAAUACCACCAACUGUACGACCUCCUGGGUCUGGUCACCUACCUGGACUGGGUGAUGAUCGUGGUGACCAUCUGCUCCUGCAUCUCCAUGAUGUUUGAGUCCCCCUUCACCAGGGUCAUGCAAGCCCCGACCUUACAGAUCGGGGAGUACGUGUUUGUGAUCUUCAUGAGCCUGGAGCUGAACCUCAAGAUCAUGGCGGAUGGCCUGUUCUUCACGCCCACGGCGGUCAUCAGAGACUUUGGGGGAGUGAUGGAUAUCUUCAUAUACCUGGUGAGCCUGAUCUUCCUGUGCUGGCUGCCCCCCAACGUGCCCCCAGAGUCGGGGGCUCAGCUGCUGAUGAUGCUGCGUGCCCUGCGGCCCCUGCGCAUCUUCAAGCUGGUGCCUCAGAUGAGGAAGGUGGUGCGGGAGGUGCUCAAGGGCUUCAAGGAGAUUUUCCUGGUUUCCAUCCUCCUGCUCACACUAAUGCUGGUGUUUGCCAGCUUUGGGGUUCAGCUCUUUGCUGGGAAGCUGGCGAAGUGCAACGACCCUCAUAUAAUGAGAAGGGUGGACUGCCACGGUAUCUUCAGAAUAAACGUCAGCGUCUCCAAGAACCUCAACUUGAGGCUGAAGGCCGGAGAGAAGAAGCCAGGGUUCUGGGUGCCAAGAGUCUGGGCCAACCCUCGUAAUUUUAACUUUGACAACGUGGGCAACGCCAUGCUGGCUCUGUUUGAGGUGCUGUCACUCAAGGGCUGGGUGGAGGUCCGGGAUGUCAUCAUUCACCGGGUCGGACCGAUCCAUGGCAUCUACAUCCACGUCUUUGUGUUCCUGGGCUGUAUGAUUGGACUCACUCUGUUUGUGGGUGUGGUCAUUGCAAACUUCAAUGAAAACAAGGGAACUGCUCUGCUAACGGUGGACCAGAGGAGGUGGGAAGACCUGAAGAGUCGACUGAAGAUAGCCCAGCCCCUCCAUCUGCCCCCCCGCCCAGAGAACGGGGGCUUCCGGGCCAAGAUGUAUGACAUCACUCAGCACCCCUUCUUCAAGCGGGGUAUCGCUGUGCUGGUGUUGGCCCAGUCAGUGCUGCUCUCUGUGAAGUGGGAUGUGGAGGAUCCAGUAACAGUUCCCUUGGCAACCAUGUCAGUCGUGUUCACUUUCAUCUUUGUCCUUGAGGUGACUAUGAAGCUGAUAGCCAUGACUCCAGCGGGCUACUGGCAGAGCCGUCGGAACCGCUACGACCUGCUGGUCACGUCUCUCGGGGUCAUCUGGAUAGUCCUGCACUUUGCCUUGCAGAACGCCUACACCUACAUGAUGGGCACAUGUGUGAUCGUCUUCAGAUUCUUCACCAUAUGCGGUAAACAUGUGACGUUGAAAAUGCUGCUGCUGACCGUCGUGGUCAGCAUGUACAAGAGCUUCUUCAUCAUCGUGGGCAUGUUCCUCCUCCUCCUCUGCUACGCCAUUGCCGGCGUCGUCCUGUUCGGCACCGUGAAAUACGGGGAGAACAUCAACCGGCACGCCAACUUCUCCACGGCGGGCAAGGCCAUCACGGUGCUGUUUCGGAUCGUCACGGGCGAGGACUGGAAUAAAAUCAUGCACGACUGCAUGGUGCAGCCCCCGUUCUGCACCCCAGACAUGCAUCGAUACUGGGAGACGGACUGCGGCAACUACGCUGGCGCUCUCAUCUACUUCUGCUCCUUCUAUGUCAUCAUAGCGUAUAUUAUGCUCAACCUGCUUGUGGCCAUCAUCGUGGAGAACUUCUCCCUGUUCUACUCCACCGAGGAGGACCAGCUGCUGAGCUACAACGACCUCCGACACUUCCAGAUCAUCUGGAACAUGGUGGACGACAAGCGAGAGGGCCUGAUCCCCACCUCCAGGGUGAAGUUCCUGCUGCGCUUGCUGCGGGGCCGCCUGGAGGUGGACCUGGACAAGGACAAGCUGCUCUUCAAGCACAUGUGCUACGAGAUGGAGAGGCUGCACAACGGAGGGGACGUCACCUUCCACGACGUGCUCAGCAUGCUGUCGUACCGCUCGGUGGACAUCAGGAAGUCUCUGCAGCUGGAGGAGCUGUUGGCGAGGGAGCAGCUGGAGUACACCAUCGAGGAGGAGGUGGCCAAGCAGACCAUACGCAUGUGGCUCAAGAAGUGCCUUAAACGCAUUCGCGCGAAGCAGCAGCAGUCCUGCAGUAUCAUCCACAGCCUGAGGGAGAGCCAGAAGGCGGAGCUUAGCCGCUUCCUCAGCCCCCCCAGCAUCGAGACCACUGUGCCCAGUGAGGACCACAACGCCCACAACCCGGACAACCCCUCGCAGCCCGAGCUGAGCGGCCUCCAGCAGCUGCUGAGUCCCACGCUGUCGGACCGAGCGGGCUACAGGCAGGACUCCUCCGACCUGGGCCGCCCCCAGAGGAAGCUGGGCCAGUGGAGGCUGCCUGCAGGCCGCACCAGCGUCAAGUCCAUCGUGUGCAAGAUGAACCCGGUCAACAACGAGGCCUCCUCGGGGUCGGAGGUCAAGAAAUGGUGGACACGUCAGUUGACGGUGGAAAGCGACGAGAGUGGGGAUGACCUCAUCGACAUUUAGAACCUGCGAUUCAGAGAAUACAAGUGGAGACCUCGUUCAAAGGCCUGGACGUAUCUCUGGUCUCAAGUUCACUUCUACAGAUCUUUAUAUGAAAACAAAGUCUAUAUGAUAUUUUUGACCCUAUAGCAAUGACCCCUCAACUGAAGGUGGUGAAGCUAUGCAGCCACAAUUUCUAUUCAUUGGGGCAGAUCCUGUGACGAAUAUAACUGUUAUUACAUGAAGGAGAAAAUUUUGGAUUAUAAAUCUCAUAAAUGUUAUUAUCUGCGUAUGUGAUUCCUACUGUUUUAUGUAGAGACCUGAGUCCAAUGAUUCAGUUCACCUGUAUAAGAUGAGAUCUUUGUCGACAACUGUAUUAUACACCUGAUUAAUUUCAUACUUAAUGUUAACACAUUUGAACUGUGAUGUCUGUUUCAUUUCAAGGUCACCUUCAGUAUUUUCUGCCUUUUUUAAUGUUUAAUGUUAUGCUAUGGCAACCCACGCUGCUAUGCCGUUGCAUAUAUCUGCUGUCUAUGGCCAUAUAUUAAUCGUCAACUUUGUUUUUCAAAAAGUGAUCACGGCGCGUGUUGUGUGAUUAUCCAAACCAAUGAUUCACAUUACGAUUAAUAUGAUUGGGCAGAUUUCAGGAAGAAAUAAAUCUGGAGGAGCCUUUUGUCUAAGUUCAUGUUUCGUGUGCCAAUGUUGUCUGUGUUUCAGUAUUCCUCCUAGUAUAUCCAAUCACCUCAUACUUUGAAUGUAGAACCAUGCUUCUGCAAGAGAUAAAGAUUACUGACUGUGAAUGUAAUUUAAGGAAAUAUGUUCUACCUUGCGUGAUUUGGUGUGGCUUUAAAAUUAUAUAUUUUGUACAUUAUAAAUAUACAUGUUUUAGCUUUGUAUAAAUUAUUUAGAAUUCUAAUAAAGACUUAAAUUAUA